GUUUGGUUGGCUCAUUCUGCAUUUCAGGGAGAUCAGCAUUUGCAAGGCAACGGCCUCGGAUUCCGCAAUUGCAUCAGCGUUGGCGUGGCAUAGGAAGUCGAAAAGAAACAGGGAGUGUGCUGGAGGCUAUUCAUGCAUUAUUCAGCGCGGCGAGACUGAACGGUAGAGAAGGUACUUCGUUAGCCCGGCCGCAUUCACCUUUGGUAUCUCAAGCUUCUAUAAAGCUGGGAUGCCGAGACAUAUUCCUAAAAAACGAGAAGCGGCCCGCCUUACCGAAGCCAAAACUGGCCACUUUAUUGACUGCACCCGUGCCUUCCGUGUUCGUAUUUCGGCUGCAUUUUGCGAAGCGUGAAGCCUGAGAACAUGCACAGCACAUGGCUGCCGAGGUUUUCCUUCCUUGUCAUUGGCGCUGCUGCUGCAGCCGACCGUUACGUUUGGUGUUACCGCCUGCUGCCGACAACCACAGAGCAGCAAGCUUCAUGCAUCAGCCUUGCCUUUCCCUUCCUGAAUGGCCACAAUUCUGCAUGGCAGGCCUAUCAGACUCGGCUCAGCUUGGGCAUGCGCGUGGGUGGCCUGCUUGCGAGACACCGUGCGCAAUUGACAGCUGCAGCUCUGCACCAUUUCGGGCGACACGCAUGUGGUUGGUGGUAGUCGUCCUCACGAUGCUUUGCCUUGAACUCAACUUGACGUGCCACUCUGUGCUCGCGUGCGUUGGCAAGCUGUCACAGAUACAAGCGAGGUUUGCCCUUCCAUCUCCUUCGAAUAUCCGCUUUUUCCGCUUACCUAACGCAAUCAUGGCCGCGGACAUCGUACCUGGCCACCCUUGCUGUUUCCUCCCGCAUUGUUGCACAAAGCGCGUCACCCGCUUCAUUCGAGGAGUCUAAACCUUGUCGCCGCGGUAUGCGAUCCGAACGUUGAGGGGUCAAGCCUUCCGCGCAAUCAG